CACUCGCCGUCAGCACUCGCCGUCCCUAGCCGCCGCCGCAGCGGGGUUUAGGUAGCUUCAGAGACGGCCGGCUUUUGCCGAAUGGUUGCAGCAGGGGGAUCAUGACGGGGAAGAAGUCUUCCCGGGAGAAGCGGCGCAAACGAAGCGGUCAGGAAGCGGCCGCGGCACUCACGGCGCCGGACUUGGUGCCCGCCCUAGCCAGUAGCGGCAGUGGAAGCACCAGUGGCUGCGGGAGUACCAGCGGCUGCGGGAGCGUCACCUGCUGUGGGAACACCAGCUUCAGUGGAAGUGUCACCGGCGGUGGGAGUGGAGGCAGCUGCUGGGGAGGGAGCAGCGUAGAGCGCAGCGAGCGCCGGAAGCGGAGGAGCACUGACUCAUCCUCCAGCGUCUCCGGGUCCCUGCAGCAGGAUACCAAAUACCUUUUGCCGACUUUGGAAAAAGAAUUAUUCUUGGCAGAGCACAGUGACCUUGAAGAAGGUGGACUGGACCUGACUGUGUCAUUAAAACCAGUUAGUUUCUAUAUAUCAGACAAAAAAGAAAUGCUUCAGCAGUGUUUCUGUAUCAUAGGCGAGAAAAAGUUACAGAAGAUGCUUCCUGAUGUGUUAAAGAACUGUUCAAUAGAAGAAAUUAAAAAACUGUGCCAGGAACAGUUAGAGCUACUAUCUGAAAAAAAAAUCUUGAAGAUUCUCGAGGGUGACAAUGGUAUGGACUCUGAUAUGGAAGAGGAGGCAGAUGAUGGCACUAAGAUGGGAUCUGAUUUAGUCAGUCAACAAGACAUCUGUGUAGAUUCUACUUCAACUGUGAGAGAGAACAAGCAACCUGAAGGUUUAGAAUUAAAACAAGGCAAAGGGGAAGAUAGUGAUGUACUCAGUAUAAAUGCAGAUGCUUAUGACAGCGACAUAGAAGGCCCAUGCAACGAAGAAGCUGCUGCUCCUGAGGUCCCUGAAAAUACAGUCCAAAGUGAAGCUGGUCAGAUAGAUGACCUGGAGAAAGACAUUGAGAAAAGUGUGAAUGAGAUUCUGGGACUGGCAGAGUCUAGCCCAAAGGAACCCAAAGCAGCCACCCUGACCGUUCCUCCACCAGAAGAUGUUCAGCCUUCCGCACAGCAGCUGGAGCUGCUAGAACUUGAGAUGAGGGCGAGAGCUAUUAAAGCCCUAAUGAAGGCUGGUGAUAUAAAAAAACCAGCCUAAUUAUUUGACUUGAAUCUGAGUUCUAGGUAUGUUGGAGCGAAGCCACAUCAUAUAAUUUUGUAUAUGAAGUUUAUUUUGAGUCUUAUGUGGUAUUUCUCAUGUAAUCCUUAUUAGAUAAACUCAUCUUAGGCCUAAAAUACCUGUGGUUUUUUUUUUUUUUACUGUUGUUACUUUUAUAUAUGUGUUAUUGCUUUAUGAAUUUAUGGCAGAUAUCAUUGGAUAACCUGGAUACUUUGUUAGAUGAGCAUUUAGCUAUGUCUGCAAAUUAAUAUCUGAAAAGCCAUUAGCAAAGAGUCACUGUAUUUUUUCCUUCAUUUUUAAAUGUUUUGGCAUCAAACCUAAAAGCUUAAGAAAGAUUGACCAAGCAUGUUGCUCUUAAGGUUACCUAUAUUUUGUGGUAGAAUAUUAAAUUACUGCUUUUAGAUUUGUUAACAAUUUAAGAAAUUUAGUCAUGCUUAUAUGCGCUUUUAAAAUAAGUCUGUCUUGGAGACACCUUCUGUGGGUGUGAAUUUACUGGUAAAAACAGAAUAACAUUUUUUGUUGUAAGGCUUAGAGGUCUGAAAUGGCUGAGAAAAAUGUUUUUUAUAAAAGAAAAAAGGGACUUAAUUUAAGGCCAUUUUUAAAAAUGUAGAAGUAAUUGCCCAACUUUAAUUCCAGCAGACAAGCCAUUCUAACAGGUAUUUGAUAUUAUUGGACACUUUGUUCAAGUUUUUUUCUUCAGUAAAAAGGGAACAUAUUUGCAUUUACAUUCCAAGGUAUUAGGAAAAGAAUAUUUUAUUGUACAGGCUUUUAUCUCAUGUUUUUGCUUGAAGAUCUGAUGUGCUAUAAUUCCAUGAAUUAAAAAUAAUAAAGACUAUCAUCCUGGA